AUGAUUUUCUUUUAUUUAAGUUCUCAUGUCGAUUUUGAUGUUCAAUUAUAUUUGGCUAAUAAAUUACAUGAUACACAAACAGUUCUCAAAAUUUUAUUAAUUCAAAAAUCAUAUAAAGAAAUUCUUGACUUAUUGGAACGUGAUUCAUCAAAUUUAAUUUAUGAAUAUUCUGAAGCUUUAAUUACUCAAGUACCUGUGGAACUGAUUUCUUUUUUGCUCAAAAAACUAAACAAAUUGGAUCCUUUGAAACUUUUGCCUGCUUUUCUUAAAUGUUUAAAUCCUGAAUUGAAAAAUCGUGCUACAAUGGUUGAUUCUGUUUUCCUGUUUAUUGAAAAUCUUACACCAACACAAACAAAUGGCCCAUUUCUUGAUUUUUGUAUUGAUUUAUAUGCAACAUUUCGACCAUUACAAUUAUUACCAUUUAUGAAAGAAUGUAUUUGUAAAACUCAUAAUUAUUCAUUUAAUGCAGUAGAAGCUAUAAAAAUAUGCAAGGAACAUGGUCUUGUUGAAUGUCUCGUUUUUCUUCUUUGUUUUGAAGGCUCGUAUGAGGAUGCGGUUAUUUUAGCUUUAACAAUUUCUAUUGAAUUGGCUAAAAAAUGUGCUAAUGAAUUAGAAAUGGCAAUUGAAAAAAGAACUACUGAAAUGCGUAGAAGAAUUUGGUUGGAAAUUUUAAAAACUAUGGUAAAGAGUGGUGGAACUCCAAUUUCUCAAUGUUUUUCUUUAAUUGAUGAGUCUAAUCGAGCAAUACGAAUUCAAGAUGUUAUGGAGUAUUUUCCUGAUUGUACAAAAAUACAACAUUUUAAAGAACCAUUAAUGGGAUUUCUGGAGGAGUAUUCAAAUGAAAUUAAGAGGCUUCAAAAAGAAAUUUCUGAUGCAACUGAAAUGUCUGAUGAAUUAAAUGAAGAAAUUAAUCGAACAAAAUCAAGUUUUAUGGUUAUUCGUGCAAAUAGUUCAUGUUCAAUCUGCAAAAAAUCCUUACUUACUCAUCACUUUGUUGCUUUUGUGUGUAGACAUUGUUUUCAUAAAUCUUGUUUAGAGGGAAAAUUGAAGCAAAAAUCUCCUGAAUUUGUUAAAUUAUUGGCUGAAGAACAUAAUCUUAAAAAAGAAUUUAAAAAAUUAACGGAGAAUUCAACAAUCAAUGCCAUUUUAAGACAACGAGGUGAAAAGAAUGGGAGAGAAGAAAUUGCAAAACGUAAAUUAGAUUCUGUCCGUACACAAAUUGAUGAAUUGUUAUUGGGAGAUUGUCUACUUUGUGGAUUACAAACAAUUGAAGAUGUGGAUAAACCUUUUUUUGAUAGUGGAGAUGAUUAUUUGGAACAACUUAAAAUGUGGAUACCUUGA